CUGAUGUCGGUGUCCCGAGCUGCUGCAGGGUGUCAUUUCAUGGAACUAGUUUUUGUGUGGACACGUGUUCAGAGUGUGCUAGUCUGGAGGCAACAAUUUAUUUUGGGCGUUUGACAUUAAAGCUCACCCUUUGCAAUGGCAGCAGCCCCUGGAAAGCGCCACAGCGCCGGGGUCUAAGCAGAACUCUUUGUUCGUCGUCUCUACACGGUGUGUCCAGGCUGAGAUUUAAUCAUGGACUCCGUUCGUAUCAGGCCCUGACCAGCACGAGACAAGAUAUUCUGUUGUGAGCUGUGAGCGGAGAAGUGUUGAGCAGCCUCGGAGGUGAAGCAGCAUCACGACCAUCCAUCAUGACCAAAGAGGAGGAAAUCCCUGACUGGGUGGGAGCCAAGGAAUUUUAUGACAAGUAUGAGCCCAAGGAGAUUCUGGGAAGGGGAGUAAGCAGUGUGGUGCGCCGCUGCGUCCACAAGCAGACGUCUCAGGAGUAUGCAGUGAAGAUCAUCGACAUCACCCCGUCAGAUAAGAUGACGUCGCAGGAGAUCGAGGAGAUCAGAGAGGCGACGGUGAAGGAGAUCGACAUCCUAAAGAAAGUGUGUGGACAGGACAACAUCAUACAGCUCAAAGACUGCUACGAGUCCAAAGCCUUCUACUUCCUCAUUUUCGACCUGAUGAGGAGGGGUGAACUUUUCGACUAUCUCACAGAGAAAGUGACUCUGAGUGAGAAGGAAACCAGAAAGAUCAUGCGAGCACUGCUGGAGGUGGUCCAGUUUCUUCACGGCCAGAACAUCGUCCAUCGGGACCUGAAGCCUGAGAACAUCCUCUUAGACGACGACAUGAACAUUAAACUCACCGACUUUGGUUUCGCUGUGCAAAUCAAGCCAGGACAGAAGCUGAAAGAAGUGUGCGGGACUCCAGGUUACCUCGCUCCUGAGAUCAUUGAGUGCUCCAUGGAUGGAGGGCACCAAGGAUACGGCACUGCUGUAGAUAUAUGGAGCUCAGGGGUGAUCAUGUACACGCUACUUGCAGGCUCUCCGCCCUUCUGGCACAGGAAACAGAUGCUGAUGCUGCGGAUGAUCCUGGCCGGGAAGUAUGACUUCUCUUCUCCAGAGUGGGAGGACCGCUCGGACACUGUGAAAGAUUUGAUCUCUCGGAUGCUGGAGGUGGACCCGAGGCAGCGAUACACAGCCACCGACGUUCUCAACCACUCGUUCUUCUCGCAGUAUGUGGUGGAUGAAGUGCGACAGUUCACUCCAUACAGGCGCUUCAAGGUCAUCUGCAUGACUGUGCUCGCCACAAUGAGAAUCUACUGCAACUAUCGUCGAGCGAAGCCCGUCACCAAGGAGGUGAUCAAGAGUGACCCGUACGCCGUCAAGCCCAUCCGCAAGCUCAUCGACGCGUGUGCGUUCAAGAUCUAUGGCCACUGGGUCAAGAAGGGACAAACUCAGAACAGAGCAGCACUUUUUGAGAACACUCCCAAAGCCAUCCUGCUGUCGAUGGCCGCCGAGGCAGAUGAACCCAUACACCACAUCUGGUAAAGAGCAUUUAAUACUCAGGACACAUCUGUUGCAGCGUCAGGACUUUGAACUGGUUAAAAAUAACCUACUGCUACAAGACCUUCCAGUCUGUUGUUCAAUAGUGUGAGCAUUUGUUGCUCAAAACUGUUGAAAUGCAGCAUUGGCUGUUAGACUGGGAUUGAUUUGUCCUAAAGAUUAUAGGAGUGUGGAUAGCAAUACUGCUGUUGUUCUACACUACAGGCUUACUGUGCCAAAUGAAGAUUUAAAUAACUAGUUGAAUAACAUUUCAGAGAAUACAUUUGCACAUGUCCCCGGGCACUUAGUCUUUAAUUUCAAUUGAAUAGAACAACAACAUGUUGACCCAAACGC